GAAGAUAAAAUAACUACACAACUGACUCAACACUCAAGAGAAAUUCAGAGGGUCAGGGAUGGAACCUUGGGUUCCCCAGCAUCUGCCUCAGUCACAGGGGAGGCCUAUAGCACCGUCAAAGGAUCCAGACCGAGGGCAUUGGAGAGAUGGAUAUCAUAGGCCUAUUCCUCACUCUCAGCACAAUGGAGAGAGGUUCUACCAGUGGCAGGACCUCCGGGGGAGCCCCCAGCCACAACAGGACCCCAGGGCAGACCACCAGCAGCCCCAGCAUCCAUACAGGCCAGAGGAAUGGCAUCAAUCUCUGUCUGGAGUUGACUAUUAUGAAGGUGGUUAUCCCAGAUAUUCAAGGCCAGACUAUGAGCAUCCAUAUCAGAACUAUCAUUCUACAACCCUAAGGGAAGAAUACGCUUAUGGAGGUUAUUACUAUCAUGGACACCCACAGAGGCUGCCAGAAGAAAGAGUUCCAAGGCAAGGAAGUCCUUAUACCUGGCAUGAAGAUUACCGAGACCAAAAGUACCUCAAUGAACAUCAUCAUCAAGCUUGGAAUAGUUCAUUUGGAACAAAUCAUGAGACCCAGUUCCAAUCUAAGAGUCGGAACCCUUGUAGAGACAGUCCUGCUUCUAAUUCUGGACAAGAGAGGCCUGGGGAGGUGUUUCUGGAGAGUUUGCUACCUGGGGCCCAGAACAAUAAGCCAUCAUUGACCAGUGAGUCCAACCUUCUCCAGCAGCACGAGUCUGGUCUCAGCUCCAGUGGUUAUGAGCUCAGUCAGUACAUGGUGGAAGCUUCUGAGCAGCAUGAUCCUCUGGCUUCAGCAGCGUGGAGUCCAAUUCAGGCUGAGGAUGUCUCAGCAGCUGGUUCCAAGGCCCCCAUGAAGUUCUAUGGCCCUCAUGUGCCUGUGAGUUUUGGACCAGGAGGUCAGCUGGUGUGUGUGUGUCUGAGGUCUCCCACUGAUGGGCAAACGACCCUUGUUGAACUGCACAGCAUGGAGGUUAUUCUUGGUGACUCUGAGGAACAAGAGGAGAUGAGAACUUUCUCAGGACCCCUGAUCAGGGAAGAUGUACACAAGGUGGAUAUCAUGAUGUUUUGCCAGCAGAAAGCAGCUCAGAGCUGCAAAUCAGAGACAACGAGGAGCAGAGACUCAGCACUUCUGUGGCAACUGUUGGUUCUCCUUUGCCGGCAGAAUGGGUCCAUGGUGGGGUCAGAUGUAGCUGAACUGCUGAUGCAAGACUGCAAGAAGCUAGAGAAGUACAAGAGGCAGCCUCCCGUAGCCAAUCUCAUCAGCCUGACGGAUGAGGAUUGGCCAGUGCUGAACUCAGGGACCCCGAACCUGCUCACUGGGGAGAUCCCCCCAAGUGUGGCGACACCUGCACAGAUAGUGGAGAAAUUCACUAAACUGCUCUACUAUGGAAGAAAGAAGGAAGCCUUGGAAUGGGCCAUGAAGAACCACUUGUGGGGCCAUGCUUUUUUUCUGUCCAGCAAGAUGGACCCAAGGACCUAUAGCUGGGUCAUGAGUAGCUUUACCAGCACGCUGGCGUUCAAUGACCCAUUGCAGACCCUCUUCCAGCUCAUGUCGGGGAGAAUUCCACAAGCAGCCAUGUGUUGUGGGGAUAAGCAGUGGGGAGACUGGAGGCCUCACUUGGCUGUGAUUCUGUCGAAUCAGGCUGGGGACCCAGAGCUGCAUCAACGUGCGAUUGUCACCAUGGGUGACACCCUGGCUGGGAAGGGGUUUGUGGAGGCUGCUCACUUCUGCUACCUCAUGGCUCACGUGCCCUUCGGCUACUACACCGUGAAGACAGACCAUCUGGCCUUGCUGGGCAGCAGCCACAGCCAAGAAUUUUUGAAAUUUGCAACAACUGAGGCUAUCCAGAGGACAGAGAUCUUCGAGUAUUGCCAGAUGCUGGGCCGCCCUAAGUCCUUCAUCCCCUCUUUUCAGGUCUAUAAGCUCCUUUAUGCUUCCCGUCUGGCAGAUUAUGGCCUCACGUCCCAGGCCUUGCAUUACUGUGAAGCCAUUGGCAUGGCCCUCCUUAGCCGGGGAGAGAGCAGUCACCCCGUGCUAUUAGUGGAACUCAUCAAGCUAGCAGAGAAACUGAAGCUGUCAGAUCCUCUGCUGUUGGAAAGACGCCGAGGAGACAGGGACCUGGAGCCAGAUUGGCUGGUGCAACUUCGGAGGUGGCACAAAAAGCUGGGAAUGAAUGAGCAGAAGGUAGCCGAAGACACUGGUGAUCCACAUUCCAGUCACUCAAAUAUUUCAGGAGCCAGAGGAACAACAACAGAAAACACUUUCUACCAGGAUCUUACAGGAUAUCAAGGCUACUCAGAGCACCUUGGGUACCGCUCAGCCCCAUGGCCAAGUUUGGAACAGACAGUCCUGAGCCAGCCUAGCCUGCAACAGCCCUUUUCCCUGCAGCUGGGCUCUUACCCAGCAGGAGGAGAUGCAGGGCAGAUGGGGGCACCUGUGCCACUGUAUUCGGUUCCUGAGACCCAUCCAUCAGGGACUGGCAGCAGUGUAGCAGUGACAGCAGCUCCUGGAGCAAAGGCUGGGGAAGAAACCCUGCAGGCACACCCACCCCUUGGAGAGAACACCAUGUCUCAAGAACCCUUCCAGCAACCUGAUGAUCAAAAGCUCAUUUCCGCACCACAGACUCCACUGGUUCCCAGGGCACGAACCAUUUCUGAGAGCUCCACCAUUUCAGUCAAAGAGGAUGAGGAUGAGUUCUGUCAUGAGGCAGAUGAAAAAUCUUUCCAAAAUAAUGCACAGAGAGAAAAGCUAGGAGAUGUGACAGAGAAUGCCAAGAGCUCCAGAUUCAGAUGGUUUGGCUGGUUUCGAUCAAAGCCUACCAGUAAUUCAUCCCUCUCUGGAGAUGAAGACUCAUCUGACAGUCCAGACUCUGAGGAGACCCCCAGAGCAUCUUCUCCUCCCCAGGCUGGCCCAAGCCUCUCCCUGACUCUGCCCCCUGGGCCCCAAACUCUGCAGGGCACCAGCAACUUCUCCCAGGGCACAGGUGGUGGUGGAGGCCAAGGAUCCAUGUCCAGUGGAGGAAAUGCUGAGGGGACCAGGACUGGAGGCUUGCAGGGGUCUCAGGGUGUUUCCUCUGAGCUCUGCUCUAACCCUGGUGUUCUGCUUCCUCCACCCCCCUUGAAAGGGGCUGUUCCUCUCUACAACCCAUCUCAGGUUCCUCAGCUCCCUAUGACUACCAACUUGAAUCGUCCAAAUCGCCUAGCUCAGCGCCGCUAUCCAACCCAGCCACGAUGA